GCGCGGGACGUUGAUACAGCCGGCUUUUUUUUCGAGUUAAUCGACCGACUAAUUUCCGAAUGUGUUUCUUUUUUUUUUCUCAUUUAUAUGUCUUAAAAUAUCAUAGAAAUUAACGCGCUUUCAAAUUCAUCGAUCACUUCUUCGACACGUGAUUUGAAGGUGAUUACGGGUUUUCCAGUAACAGCGAAAGAGAAUAGCUACACGCUGGCCGAAAAAGCGUUCAUCUUUUAACCGAUUUUAUUAAAGAUCUUCUCUUAUAAAUAAAUUCCUUGGAUAUAGCUUAAAAUAUCAUCAAAAUGGCGCAAGAACCAGAUAUGCCCACCUUCAAGUGCGUACUUGUUGGUGAUGGUGGUACUGGAAAGACAACUUUCGUCAAACGCCAUUUGACGGGUGAAUUUGAAAAGAAAUAUGUUGCGACAUUAGGAGUAGAAGUACAUCCACUGAUCUUUCACACAAAUAGAGGUCCAAUAAGAUUCAAUGUGUGGGAUACAGCUGGUCAAGAAAAGUUUGGUGGUUUACGAGAUGGUUAUUAUAUACAAGGACAAUGUGCUGUAAUCAUGUUCGAUGUUACGUCUAGAGUGACGUAUAAAAAUGUACCUAAUUGGCACAGAGAUUUGGUGCGAGUUUGCGAAAAUAUACCUAUUGUAUUGUGCGGUAAUAAGGUUGAUAUUAAGGAUAGGAAAGUAAAGGCCAAAAGUAUCGUCUUCCAUAGGAAGAAGAAUCUUCAGUACUAUGAUAUUAGUGCAAAAAGCAAUUACAAUUUUGAAAAACCAUUUUUGUGGUUGGCACGCAAAUUGAUUGGAGAUCCAAAUCUUGAGUUUGUUGCUAUGCCCGCAUUACUUCCACCAGAAGUUACAAUGGAUCCACAAUGGCAGCAACAAAUUGAAAAGGAUCUUAAAGAAGCGCAAGAAACGGCAUUGCCGGAGGAUGAUGAAGAUCUUUAGGUUAUUUCACUGUGUGUAUGGUCCUUAUGGGAGAAAGAUUUGCAAGUGUACCUUGGGUACUAUGCAGCUUGGGCGUCUAACAUAUAUGAAGAUUAAAAGAAAAAAAAAAAAAAAAAAAAAAAAAAAAAAAAAAAAAAAAAAAAAAAAGAAAAAAAAAAGAAAAAAAUGCAUGCAGAGCUUAAUUUGAUACUUAAUGCAAAUCACCAGAAAUACUUCUGUGACUUCAUAUACCAGGAAUAUUGCCUUAAAGAGGGAGAUUCUAACAAAUUAUUAUUUGUUAUGCAUCCAUACACAUCUACACAUGUGUAUACAAAAUAUCAAAGAACGUGAUUUUACAUAAUAUAACAUUAGUUACAAAUUUCUACAGGUGUAUCUUCUCAUUCCCUUAUAACUUCCAUUAUAAAGAACCGCUGUAAGCCUUAUUACGAAAAGAAAAUUUCAAAUUGUCAGAAAUGUUUUGAAUACGUCGAACGCACAUAAAUGAGACAUAUAUAAAUGUUUAAAAAUUAGGCGUUGAAUGAUAAAAAUUAAUUUUAUACCCUAUAAUUUUUUUUAUUAUCCUAUAAUUGUCAUCAUCCAAUAGGUAUAAAUAUUAUAAUCAAAAAACGAGAAUUCGAAAUUUCAAGCUUGAACCCACUUUAAGGCAUACUUAAGAAAUUAAUUCAAUCUGCUAUUUAUAUUGUUGCAACAUUCUUGUUAUGAAAUAUGAAAGAUGAAUUGCCAGUUUUUCUUAACGGAUGUAUGUUGUAGCGAAUGCUCGGCUGCAAAGAUGUGUACUUGUAAUUUUUCUGAAGUGUGCAAACUUCUUACGUGAGAUGUUCAAAUACUCGAAAGAGAUCGCAGGUAAUAGAAUUGAAUUAGAACAAUUUUUGAUCAAUGUAGCGAAUCUAACUCUUCAAUAUUUUUCUUUUUUUUUUUUUUCUAAAAUGUUGGAUAAUAUCAAGCAAAAAUGAUAGAAGAAAAAAUUUUAUUCAUUCUUGUUAAUAAUUUUGUAAUUACGUUAUUGGUAAUGUGUUUUUUAUCUUAUUAAAAUAAAAAUGAUAUCUAAUAUUAUUACUUGCAAUGAUCCAAGAAGAUUAAACUAAAACUAAUUUAUAAUAAAAAAAAAAUAAUUUCUCUAAUAUAUUUUAUUUGUUUAUUUAAAAGUGUUUGAUAUUAUCAAGCAUUUUAAGAAAUGAUAUUUGAAGACUGUUUCAAGUAUGAAGUCUCAUCACAAUAGGAAAAAUACUUUAACAGGAAUAGAAACAGUUCGUGUCUGCUCGCGUUAUUAACGAGGAUCGUUUACUAUUUUUGUAAGAGAAAGUGAAUGUAUGAUUUGUUCAACUUAAAUUAUAUAAACAGUGUUUUCCUUUUCUACGUA